AUGAACGCCGCCCCUCGACUCGCCCGAAGCUCGGCCCGCGCUGCCUCUUCGCCCUGGUCUUGCUUCUUCUGCCAGAAUGCCCGACCGAGGAACCCGUUGAGCUUCCGCCGCAAGGCGUCGACUGUGCCGCCGAAGAAGGACCCUCCGAGGCGUGUUUACACUCCGUCUAUGGAUGAGAUCCGCGCUCACUACAGCAUGAAGAACCGGACGGUAGCGUACUACACUCUCAGCACGAUCCUCGGCUUCGUCGCCCUCACUUAUGGCUCUGUGCCCCUCUACAAGAUGAUCUGCCAGACCACCGGCUGGGGUGGCCAACCCGUACGAGCCCACGGCGGUCCCGGAACCGACGACCCCGACAUCGCGAGCCGCCUGGUCCCCGUCAAGGACGCCAAGCGCAUCAAGGUGACCUUCAACGCCUCCGUGUCCGACGUGCUGCCCUGGAAGUUUGUGCCCCAGCAGCGCGAGGUCCGCGUCCUCCCCGGCGAGACGGCCCUGGCCUUUUAUACGGCCACCAACAAGAGCGACCAGGACAUUAUUGGCGUCGCCACGUACAGCGUCACCCCAGCGCAGUGUGCUCCCUAUUUCAGCAAGAUUCAGUGCUUCUGCUUCGAGGAGCAGCGUCUCAACGCAGGAGAGACGGUCGACAUGCCCGUCUUUUUCUACCUGGAUCCUGAUCUGUUGAACGACCUGAACAUGAAGGGCGUGGAGACGGUGACGUUGAGUUACACAUUCUUCAAAGCAAGAUAUGACAACAACGGACGGUUCCAGAGGCCAAUGGCUGCAUAA